GUGUGUGUUUGUGCCUCUCUCUCUCUCCAGUGUCAUUUCCAAGUCUGAGAUCCAUGUGGCUGCUUCACCGGCACGUUUAUCUUCACUAGAGGGGAUACGGGAUAAAAGGGGGGUGAGAGAAAAAGGACAAAAAACAGCGCUACAUAGUUAGCACAUGGGCAGAACAUUUAGUACCCUGGAUGAUAUGAGAUGAGAGGGGUGGGCUUGUUAUAGGAGGACUAAGACGCCGUUUAAAACCUGCUGACCGAUUUUCCAGCCGGUCACCGGCCGUUUUUUUUUUCUUUGGGGAAAACCUACAAUACAGGAUUUGAAGUGUUAGUGUGUAAUGCCCACACACAGAAAUGACCACUGAUCAGGAUUUACCUAUGGACGGCCAGUCGGCCACAGCUGUGUUUGCUUCAAAGGGCAUUGAUGUAACAGCUAACAAAGACCAAGGAGUUAUCAAGAUUGUAAAGCGUCCAGGGCUGGAUGGAGCUCAGCCGAUGAUCGGGGACAGAGUGACUGUUCACUACACUGGGAAACUUCUAAAUGGGAAGAAGUUUGAUUGCAGUCGAGAUCGUAAAGAACCCUUUUGCUUCAAUGUGGGCAAAGGACAGGUCCUGAAGGCCUGGGAUGUCGGUGUGUUAUCCAUGCAGAGAGGAGAGGUCUGCACACUGCUGUGUAAGCCUGAAUAUGCUUACGGAGUGGCCGGUAAUCCUGACAAGAUUCCUCCCAACUCUCCCGUAGUGUUUGAGAUGGAGCUACUCAAGUUUGAAGGAGAGAUGCUCACAGACGAUGGCGGCAUUUUGAGAAGAAUAAAAGUCAAAGGAGACGGGUACACUAAUCCCAAUGACGGGGCCAGUGUUGAAGUGCACCUGGAGGGAAGCUGCAGUGGUCGCUUGUUUGAGUGCAGAGAUGUCAGCUUUAUUGUGGGUGAGGCUGAAGAUAAAGGUGUUCCUCUCGGCGUGGACCGAGCCAUGGACAAGAUGCAGAAAGGAGAAUGCUGCAUACUUUACUUAGGACCAAAGUACGGCUUUGGAAGCGAAGGUAAACCCGAGUACAAAAUUGGCCCCGACAAAGAAAUCGUAUACGAAGUUACACUCAAAGACUUUAAAAGGGCGAAAGAAUCCUGGGAAAUGGACUUGAAUGAAAAGCUGAGUUUGGCUUCUGAAGUCAAGCAUAAAGGGAAUCAUUAUUUUAAGGCCGGGCGGUAUCAGCAGGCUGUUGUCCAGUACCAGCGCAUAGUUUCCUGGCUGGAAAUGGAGUGUGGUACAGGGAUAGAGCAGCAGAAGAGGAUACAGGACUUUCUCUUGACAUCACACCUCAAUCUAGCGCUGUGUUUCCUGAGGGUAAAAGAGUUCUCACAAGUGGUGGAGAACUGCAACAAGGUGAUCGAGCUGGAUGAAAACAACGAGAAGGCUUUGUACCGGCGUGGGGAAGCCCGUCUCCUUCGUAACGAGUUCAGCCUGGCCAUGGCAGACUUUCAGCAAGUGCUCCAAGUCAACGCCUCAAACCGGGCAGCUCGCGCUCAGAUUUCCAUCUGCCAAUGCAAGAUUAAGGAACAUCAUGAGCAGGACAAGAAGACCUAUGCCAACAUGUUCCAGAAAUUUGCAGAACGGGACGCCAAGACUGGGAAGACGAGGAGGAGGCGGGACGAGAGCACAAGGAGCAGCAUAAAUGGGGAAGUUAGCAUUAAACGACGGCGGAGGAGUCAGGACUGCCCUUCGUAUUGAGGACAUUUUGGAAGGGAAAAUACAAAAGACCGUCUUGCCUCUCUUUGCUUUCCAAGUGCUGGAAGUGUUGGGAUAAAAAAAUAGCCUUAAAAAGGCCUGAAAUCCAAACCUUUUCUCCCCAAUCCAAUGAGACCAUUCCUGCAUAUAAAGCGGAGUGUAAGCUGGGACAUUUACAAACUGAACAGCAUUUCCCCUGUCACACACUCUGCAACUGCCAGGACAAAGCCUCCAGUGGAUUUAGCACUGAAGACAAGAGGUCAUUGAACACUUCUUUCCCUAGCUUUUAUUUUUAAAAAAAUAUAAUUUAUUUCUUCAAAAAACAGAAAUUCCAUUUUUAUUUGUCAUCAGGCUACUGUGUAGAGCUGAGAUGUGCCUCCCUGGUGUGUUUUUUAAUUCCAAAACUGUGCUCUGACUUGUAUUUUGUAAAAAGCAUUUUUUCUUGGGCAGCUGCAUGCAUGUGUCAUGAGAUGUUUGGGAUCCAGACUUGAAACGUGUUUUUUUCCUCAUGUGCAAUAUGUAUUUUGUUUCAAGUCCUCACGUGGUAUUUUUAUAAAAAAGCAUCAUCAAGCUAAAGUUUGAAAACAAAUCAUGUUUAAUUUGGUUGGGUUCCCUUAAAGAAGUCCUAUAAGAAAGCUUGGGGAAAACUGAAAAUACAUAAAAGACUUAAAGCUCCUGUAAGGAGAUUUUAGCUGGUUAAUUUUGAUAUUCCCUUAUGACCUGCAAAAACAAACAAGACUAUCAGCAUUACGACUAGCCAUUUCUUUACUAUUAUUUAUAGUGCCUGAAACCACUUCUAGGGGAUAGGUGCUUUAAGACACAAUUAGCACUGCAGAAAUGGCCUUUUAAUACAAAUAUUUUCCAUGAGUAAGAUGUUUAAAAUUUACAAGAAAGCAGGAUGAGAUUGUCAUAAUUUACAAAUGUAAAAGACAAAAUCAGCAAAGAAAUAUCAUGUACUACUUUGUCUACAUGUAAAACAUCUACUCAGACCAAAACUCCUCAAAUGAGCUAUGGGAAUAAUUUCCCUCCAAGGGUGAUUUUCAACAUUGCUAUAAUUUUCCAAAAGGAAUGACAAGUUUUAACUCAGCAGAGGCAAAGAGAAAAAUCUGCAGCAUUUAAUUAAGACCUUAAAGCCAAAUCAGCAACAAAGAACCUAAACUGUAGUGUACCAAGGGAUGAAACUCAAAUGUAGUCACUGAGACGAGGAAUUGGUUUAUUUAUAGGGAUAAGGCCACUGCCAUAUGUUUAAUUAUAUGGAUAUAUGCAUGUUAAGUCUUGAAUAAUUUGUUGAAAUCUUAAUUUGAGACAUCAUAGUACAAAUAGUACUGAAAAGAAGGCAGCCUGAUAACAUUACUCAAACUGACUGUAGUUUAUCAAAUGGCAGCUGCAAAGAAAUCUACACAAUUGGAAAAAAAAAAUCAAAGUUAAGUUAUGCGCCUCAGCUUUAAUGGGCUUUAUUGUUUCAUGACUUUCUUUUUGUCUUUUGUUCACUUUGUGCUUCUGUCAGCAUUAAUAGCAUAUCAACCCGGUCAUCAGCCAACCUUUAUCCAACAGCUGCACACAUGCAGGAUUGUUUCUACAGACUGUGAUACAACUAUGACUGUUAGUUUCUACCAAAAAGGAAAUUCUGAUCAUUGACCUGUUCCACUGAUGGAGCAGAUGCACUAAAAUGUGUUUGACUCUGUGAGUAAAAGUGGAGAAAGGAUACAAACUUGAUUAAGUUUUAGACUCUACAGAACAAAAGAUUUCCUUGAGUGUUCACAGAUGACAUGUUGGUAUCAUUUCUGGUCAAUCAGCUACAUCAGUUUGCAUCUGUUUAGAUCUUCUUGCCUCGGUCUGAAUUAGACACCUUUUUAUUUCACUGCUUUUUUUUUUUGUUUACUUUAAUUUCAUUUUGAAAUGUGUGAAUGUUAGUGGAUAGUGGACAAUGCUGCACUUUGGUGACUGUCAAACCAACACUGUUAUGUUUUCAUGGACUGUACGGAUGAAAUCCUGACAAUAAUCUUGAGAUGUUUUUAAAACAUUGCUUGGUUCAGAAUGAAUACCUUAGCUGUCUUAAAUAUUUUAUGUAAAAAAGAAAAGAAAAAAACAAAAGUGUGUAUGUGUGUGUGUUAAAAACUGUUCAUGGUUCUAUGUUAGCAAGGUUUUUAAACAGCUAAAUGUUUUCAAGUACUCCUGGCUCUGAACAGUCAAACUUUUUGUACAGCAGAAAUGAGCAUGAAGUACUUUUUAAAAACUUUAUUUGAAAUAUACUUAAUAUUUAUCCCCCUUUCAAAAAGGUUUUCCAAGCAUUUAAAACUGAAAUGUAAAGAUUUCAACUUAGAGCAAAAACUGUUAACAAUUUUGACAUAAAAGCCAACAGUAGAGCUUGUUCAAUUGCAGGACAACCAAAUUGUGACUGGUUUUAUCAUGUGUCAUUCAAACUGUUUACAUUUGUUGAACGUUUUUUGCCCUGUAAAUUAAAAUAUGAUCAAUGUUUUCAACCGGCAUUUAUGCAAAAGAAAUAUUUUCAAACAAA